AUGACUGAAAUUGUGGUUAUUUUAUACUGGAAUGGAAGAGUGUACGAAGGAAAUGAGGUUGAUUCAAGGAGUGAAAAUUACACAAUUUUAGAUGUAUGUGAUGAUGAAGACAUUGACUGUAUGAUAAGUGCUUGUGAAGAACGGCAUGAAAGAGUAGUUGAGUUAUAUGUGGAUAUUGCGGUUGGUGAAACUUCUCAUGUAGGUGAAAGUUUGUUAUGUUUAAAUGUAUCACUCCCAACUGUGUCUGUUAGUGACAAUGAAGAAGAGUAUGCAAUUGGAGGAGAUGACGAAGAUGAGUACGAUGAUGACUAUGAAGAUGAAGGAGAAAUUCCUUUAGAUAGUUCUUCUGAUACUGAUUUGGAAGAUGGCUUCGAUUCAAUGAUGACAGUUCCAAACACUGAAAGAAAUAACAUUAUGCAAGGACAAUCUGCAGUGUCCUUGGAAAGUAUGGUCAAAGAAAAACCUUCUGUUCCUGUUUCAUUAAUCCAAGAGAGAAUAAGUGGCCAAUUUGGGUAUUCAGUUUCAUACAAAAAAGCAUGGAAAGCAAAGCAAAAAGCAAUUGUGACAAUAUUUGGUGAUUGGGAUGAAUCUUAUGCAACAUUACCAAGAUGGUUAGAAUACAUGCAAUUACAUGCUCCAGGGUCAGUUUACAAAAUUAAGACCAAUGAUUAUGUGAGAGGUAAUGUAAUGGAUAAUAGAUUCAGAGUCUUUCAUCGAGUAUUUUGGUCGUUUAGGCAAUGUCGUGAAGCCUUCAAGUUUUGCAAGCCUAUAAUACAGGUAGACGGUACCUUUUUGUAUGGUAAGUAUAAGCAAACAUUGCUUAUUGGUACAACUCAAGAUGGCAAUAACAGUGUGCUUCCUAUAGCAUUUGCCAUUGUUGAAGGAGAAACAUUAUCAGCAUGGGAAUGGUUCUUAGCCAUGAUCCGUCUAAAUGUUACUGAUAAAACUGAAAUUUGUUUAAUAUCUGAUCGCCAUCAAAGUAUUAAAAAAUGA